ACAAAAACAAGAAAUAACAAAGAGAAAGCCAUCAAUGAGCCAAGCUGGGUUUCAGUUGAGUGGAGUCGUUGUGAUAUCAUCGUCAAAAUUCCACACACAAUUUCUGAAAAUCGAAGCAACUUUGAGUAGUUAGUUACUGUUCGUUUCCGCAACCACAGAUCCUUUGUUUCUUCCUUUCCAUUUUCCCGUGGGAAAGCAAUGGAAAAGAUGAGCAGAGCCUUCGACAAAGUGAAGAUGAUGGUGGGAAUGGAAGUGGAGGACGAAGAACAACGAACUGCGGCAUUGGGAGAAAGCAACUCCUUCGCGUUGAUGGACGAAUUCAACCGCAACUGCACCUUGUCCACCACACAGAGACUAUACGGUUUUGCCAUAUGCUUUGCUGCUGGAUUAACUUGUACACUACUGUCUAUGCUUGUUUUCUUCAAACCAAUCAAGUUUGCGAUAACAUUCACUCUUGGGAAUUUGCUUUCACUCGGAAGCACAGCAUUCCUGAUAGGUCCUAAAAGACAAGUGACAAUGAUGCUUGAUCCUGUUCGUAUAUACGCAACAGCCAUAUAUGUUGCAAGUAUGAUAAUUGCCUUGUUUUGUGCUCUUUAUGUUCACAACAAGUUACUGACACUUCUUGCCCUUAUUUUGGAGUUUGGGGCACUUGUUUGGUAUAGCUUGAGCUAUAUCCCUUUUGCGAGGUCCAUGGUUUCAAAAAUCAUGGUUUCAUGCUUUGACACAGAAUUUUAGGUUAUAUACACAAAAGACCUAUGGCAUUGUCUGUUGAAUUCUCUGCGUUGACACCCUCAAUAUCCUCCUUGCAGUUCUGCAGAAAGGUUUUUUGCCACUGAAACACAGUUGUGUAUUAAGAUCCUCUGUUGUUGCCUGAUCUUUCCUUUUGUGGAGUCUUGUCUAGGUUCCACUAAGAUUGUUAGACGUAAAAUCUUGUGAAUUUGUAUUAUGCUGUUUAUGAGCUAUAAUGUAAAGAAUUUAGUUUCUCUCAAUCUCAACCGGUUGAAUUUUCAUUCUCUA